AUGUUUUCAAGAAGGCAUUUAAAAAAUUCUAAACAAAAACAACGUCAACAUCAACAACAACGACAGGAGCGCCAACAACAGCGACAAGAGCGCCAACAACAGAAACAACAACAACAACAGCAAUCAACACGAGAACAAACAGAGCGUCAAGAAAAACAACUAGAAUAUCAACAACGACAAGAGCGCCAACAACAAAAGCAACGAUUACAAUAUCAACAGGAAAGUUGUCAAUCUCAACACUUGGAGCAGCUGAAAACGACGACAACGAAGAAGGAUGAAAUUAAUAUCAGUUCAGGACGAAUAAGUGAACGUCUAAUAAUACGUACGUCUACGCCUACAGGUCAACGAUUACGCUACGUUGUCACUCGACCAUUUCUAUCAGCUGAACCACGUCGACCAUCAUAUCAUUCAAAAUGUUAUCAUAAAUGUCACUGUAAUGAUCCUUACACUUCAACAAAUUUCAACAAAAAUUGCUCAACAGCAGCUGAUAUUUUAACUAAUCAGAAACCUUAUCAAUUAUCAUCAUCCAUCAAUGAUAACUCAUAUAAUUUCUUUAAUCAAAACAAUUAUAAAAUAUUUAUGGAAACAUUAUCACCAAAGAAUACUAACGCAAAUAAUGAUAAAAGUAAAAGCGAUAUAGAAUUAAUUACUUCAAAUUAUCAUAAUCAAAGAAUUGAUAAAAAUAGCAAGAAAAAUACAACUUUUUGCUCAUUUGCGCGACAAUUUCGUGAAACGCAAUCGAUGAAUUAUGAUAAUUCAAAAUUAAUAUUUCAAUCCCAUUUAACCACUAUUCUACCACAAAUAUCAACAAUUAAUUCUAAAAUAACAACUACAAAUUGUUUAAAUAAUAUUGACAAAAGUUCAUUGCCAGUAAUCAACAAAUCUCGACAAAAAGUUAAAAAGUGUGGCGUUUUCUACGAACAAACACAAUCGUUAUCACCAUUAUCUGUAAGUGAUAAAGGUAUGUUUACUGAUAACGCUGUGCUUGUAAACUUGUAA